ACACACACCGCUUUCCAUAUAUCCUAAACUGUGCGAGCUGAGUAGAUUAAAAACAAAAAAAAGUAAUGGAAUCCGAAGGAAAAUGGAUAAAAAAAGACGUGCCCGUUUAUACUGAUGUCAGUAAAACUGAAUUCUUAGAUGUCAUUUACCAAAAGAGGAAUCCUGCUGUCAUUCGAGGGUUAGACAUUGGCCCAUGUGUUGAGAAAUGGACAGCUGAAUACCUUGCUUCACAAGGGGGUGAUACAGAGGUCAAGAUUCAUGUUAGUCCUUCAUCCAAGAUGGACUUUAUAAACAAGAAUUAUGCCUAUAGGAGUCUCCCCUUCUCUGAGCUUAUCCAUCGAUGCGCAAAAGAAGUUCAAGAGGAUUUCUUUUUUGAAAAGAAUGAGCUGUAUUAUCUGCGAUCACUUGGUGAGGACCCUCGGAAGGGAAUAGCAGAUGUGAAGGCUCAGUUUCCAUCAUUAGCAGACGACCUCAAAAUACCAGAUUUCUUUAACCAAGAACAGUUUUUCUCGAGUGUCUUUCGUGUAGGUUCAGCAAAUUUGCAGUUGUGGACACACUAUGAUGUCAUGGACAAUAUAUUGAUGCAAGUCCGAGGUCAUAAGCGUGUGAUUCUAUUCAGUCCACAGGAUGCCAAUCAUCUCUACCUUACAGGUGAUAAAUCUGCUGUAAUGGACCUUGAUAACCCAGACUUUGAGAAAUAUCCAUCCCUCAAAUUAGCCACACCGUAUCAUUGUCUCCUAGAACCAGGGGAUGUGCUUUUUAUUCCAGCUCUGUGGUUUCACAAUGUGGUUUCCUUAGACUUCAGUGUAGCUGUCAAUGUCUUCUGGCGACAUCUUGAUAUCAGUUGCUAUGACAACAAAGAUACUUACGGCAACAAAGACCCCAUUGCGGCCAGCAAGGCUUUGCAGAUAGUUCAAAGAGCUAUAAAAUCUCUGGAAGGUCUUCCUGAUGAAUACAGGGACUUUUACGGACGCAGGCUUGUGCGAGAGAUAGAGAAGAAGACAUACGCAGUAGAAGAUAAGAGAUGAUGAUAACAGUGCUCCUCCAUCUAGUUAAGAAUGUUAUUCCCUUGGGUCUGUCAACUUGCUUACUAAUCUGAUGAAGAAUCAUUAAGCUCCUCCCCCCCCCCAUUCCCUCUCAAAAAGAAAAUGAUAAUAAUGAAAUCAGGGAACUAAAUAGAGAAAUAAGCAAUCAAGUAAACACUGACUAAUGAAUGAAAGUAAAAUUUAGUAAAUGAAUAAAUGAUUGAAUGAAUAGACCAAUGAAUAAUAGAAUAAUAGACAAACACAAAUCGAAAGGUAAAUCAGAGUCUUCUUAACUUGUUUAUUUAUAAAUUGAGGAAAAGAAAUUUCAGACAAAAUACCAGUCUUCAAAAAGAAGUACACAAAAAGCAAAUAAAUAUUGGGUGUAAAGAGCUUUUAAUCAGUGAAUUAUUCUGAAACAUGUGACUUGAGAACUGACUUCGAAGGGCAUAAGACAUUUGAAGAAAUGGUCAUAAAAAUUUCAGUUCACUUAAUGUUACAUUUUUUAUUGAUUUUCAGAUUAUAUCAGCUUACUUUAGCUGGUUGCUCUGUAUAAUUCCACCCAUAUCGCGUAGCCAGGGGGGGGCGGUGGGGGCGGUCGCCCCCCCCAAAACGUCCCCAAAAAGAAAAAAAGAAGGGAAAAAAGAGAAGAGAAAAGGAAAAGGAAAGGGAAGAAAGGUAGCUUUUUUUUUUUUUUUUCUUUUUCUUUUUUUUUUCUCAAAAGAGAAACUCCUUCACUCUUGCUUUAAAUUUAUAUAUGAAUUUUGUUUCCGCGCUGCGCGCGGUUAAAUGACAAUAUUGAAGAUCUCCAUUGUUUCCCCCACCCUUUCUCUAACCCUGUUUUUCUACCUCAGCUAUAUGUGUUUAUUGCCAGUUAAAGUUCAAACGUAUACAUCAGGGCAUGGAAUUAGAGUAAGGUUAGGCCGAAGUAUAUGAAGUUAUAUAUUUUUUUAAUUGAUCACGCAACCUCUGGUCGGGUCGGCUCCGGGCGGGUAAAAUCUUUAUAUCAAUUUCUGCCGUCACCUCCAUAAAGUCAACUUCUCCCGCUUUUCAGCUCAUUACUAAACAACCAUAAUUUUUUGGGCAAACAGGUUCCUAAUCCAAAAAGAGGAAGGUAUAAAAUUCGUAUCGUAUAAGGGUAUUAGAUAAAAAAGUACAAUUUUUUUUUAUCAAAUUCGAUUAAACUUCAUGUUAUUUCCCUGUACAUUCAUCUCCUGUCCUGUUUUGCGCCCUCAGUUUGAAAUUUUGAAUGACUCUUAAGUUUCUUUAUAAUUCAAAAUGAAGCGCUUCAGGAUAAGUCAAAGAAAUUAGGCAUCCUUUUUAUAUAAUUUCAAUAAAUCACAGAAGUUUCAACUUUUUGCGCACUAUUUUCCUUUUAAUGAAGUUCAAUAAUCUUAGAAAAUAAAUAGAAUUAGAGCCGAUGGGGUAUUGGAGAUAUCUGCAUUUGAUGAAACGUCCGCCCUUUGAAAUUUCAGAUUUUCGUUGCUCUGCACGGGGAGGAAUAUCUUCCUCCCGGCAUAUACACUUUUUCUCCUCUGUUUUGCGAGUUAAAGAUAUGCACUGUCGCUAAAUUGUUUGUAAUCAAAUCUGAUCUUUCCAAGGGAAGUAUUCAGUAUAUGUUUGAGAAUAUCCUUUUCUCGGGACUCUUUUCAUGGCAAAAAAUUGAUAAAACGCUUAAGCUUCCGCACUUCGCGCGGGGUUAUUAUAAUUUUAAUU